CGCCACACGCCGAGCAAAACAAUCCAAAACCCCUCGCGGUCCGUCUCCAGAUCCCACCAAGCCUCUCUCUUUCCUCGGCUGGCGACAGGCAGCCGCUGCCGCCUCCUGCGGGUUGCGGCCUGACCGGCCCGGCCUCUGCCGCCGCCCCUUAUAUUCAGAACCGUGCGGAGCAGAGCAGAGCAGUACUGCAAAGCAAGUAGAAUUGGCGUAUCUUCCCUCCUCCGUCGAACGGGCGAAGGAAGGGAGGAGGCUGGAGAUACUGGUGGGCGGCUGGGAGCGCCAUGGAUUGGGGUGUUCCGGCAUUGAUGAACUCCGUAGCCGACCCGUCCUACCGGGACCUCUGCUGCUACGGGGCCGGAAUCGCAGGGAACGUCUUCGCCUUCGUCCUCUUCAUCUCCCCACUGCCGACAUUCAGGCGGAUCGUUCGGAAUGGAUCCACGGAGCAGUUCUCGGGUAUGCCCUACAUCUACUCGCUUUUCAACUGCCUCAUCUGCAUGUGGUACGGCCUACCCUUCGUCUCGUACGGCGUCAUCCUCGUCACCACCGUCAACUCCAUCGGCGCCGUCUUCCAGCUCGCCUACACCGCCGUAUUCAUCGCCUUUGCUGACGCCAAGGAGAGGUUGAAGGUCUCUGGUCUCCUGGCAGCUGUCUUUCUGGUGUUCGGCCUGAUUGUAUAUGUUAGUUUGGCCUUGCUUGAUCACAAUACACGACAGACAUUCGUUGGAUAUCUCAGCGUCGCAUCCCUCAUAUUCAUGUUCGCGUCUCCCUUGUCCAUCAUUAAUCUGGUCAUCAGGACAAAGAGUGUGGAGUACAUGCCCUUCUAUUUAUCAUUUUCUAUGUUCCUGAUGAGUGUAUCGUUCUUCAUAUAUGGGGUGCUGCUACAUGAUUUCUUCGUAUAUACUCCAAACGGGAUUGGAACCAUAUUGGGUAUCAUACAGUUGUUGCUGUAUGCCUACUUCAGAAAAGGAUCAAGAGGGGACGACAGACUGCCACUGCUAGUCACAAAUACAUGAGCAUGCCAAAGAACAAGGUACAUUGUCGAAGCUGUGUAAAUUCUUGAGGCGUGUACAGUCGUUGCUUUAUUCUGCUUGUAUGCUUGGAAUUCAGAGGAUAAACUUGACCUGUCAGUGCUGAAUGGGCGGCCUAUCACAUUGAUUUGAGUCAAGGCCGAUGUUAUCUGAGGACAGAAGACUCCAAUUGCGGUAGUUGUCCAAAUCGUUUCGUUUCUGUCAAAAGCACGCUGUUUAUUGGUUAUGUGUACACGCAACACAAGUCAGAGUUUCUCUGUAUAUUCCACGGUAGAUGCUUCAAAUUGUUGGAAUAAUUUGUUUAAAUAUAUAAAUAUAUAUAUACGUAUAUAUAAAGUGAAUGAAGUUUUGUAUAGCAUUGUUGUUGCUUGGACUUCCAUCAAUGGAUGGGGCCUCCUGUAUGUACACUAAAAACAAUAAGGAGAUUGGUAAUAAAAGAGAAUUGUUUCAUCA